ACAUAUUUGCAAACUCCAACGAUCUCCAUAAAUCCCAGCUCGCUGGCGCUCUUUCUGGGUUUAGGGUUUAUCGGCAUAAAAAACUAGCCGUUAAAACUCCAUUAUUACUUAUUUCCUCUGCGGAAUUGGACUCGCCGAUGGAUACGCCAAUGGACCCAAUCGUCGAAUCACUUCUGAGCAGUUUCCGGCAAGUACCUCCGGCAGCAAUUCCGGGGAUGCUGGACUGUAUAUUGGCUUCGACAAACGCUGCUCCUUCAUCAAUUUUCUCUACUCUCCUCAACGAGUUUCCCACUUUCAGCAAGGGUAUAGUAGAUGGGAGCAAACAUUUGGAUUUUGAGCAGCGCAACUGUGUCGUUUCGUUUGUUAGUGCAAUUUGUCACCUUCUGAAGAAGUCAGGUGGUGGAACUGGAGCUAUAGAUGGUGGAACGGAAGCUAUAGGUGGUGGAGCUGGAGAUGUAGAGGAACAUGGAUGGGAGAUA